UAGGCAUGCUGUCAUCAAAAGUUGAGGAAAUGUUUUUGACAAGUCGAGUUAAAUCGGUGGAUCUUCAAAACGUGGCUAUUGGCAGCUCUUCACAGUGGAAGUGUUCAGAUUUGGAAUUACGAGAGUCAGCUGCUUCUGAAGUCUUUCAAAAUAUGUGAUUUGCCAGUGCGCGCUGCCAAGUUUAUUUCACGCAAAAACUGCAUUGUUACCGGCUCAGAUGACAUGCAUGUCAGAAUUUUCGACUACAGCACCUCGCACUAAGUCCACCAAUUUGAGGCUCAUUCGGACUAUCUCAGGUAGGUGGAAUGGUGCAUUUAUGCAAAUAUGUUAUAUUACAUCGAAUUUUUGCAUUCGUUUUUGUACAUCACAUUUGUACUUUUUUGUUUUUUCUUUGUGUGUUUUCCUUUAUUGCCUCCAAUAUUCUUGUGGAUCAGCGAGACCUGGUCUGGACGAUCAUUUAUUACUCGACAGAGCUUACGCGAUUUGAUCCACAUUCUCAGUGUUCACGAGACUGUUUGCCUCGAUUUCAUAGACAUAAUCUUUGUGUGAUUUUUGUUUUUUUUUUGUUGUUCCUAAGAUUGCCGUUUCAAAUAUCCUCGGCCAAAAACGCUCUUAGCCUAGCAGCGAAGCUGAUGCGUUACGCUGAUGGGACAGCAUGUUUUUUGACAACAUUUUCGAAGCCAGUGUCGGGUUGCUGGCUGGCCUGCGGAAGCCGAGAUUUUUCGAGG